AUGAACUCUGAAGUGGGGGUUCAUGAGAAGCGCAGCCUGCGGGAUACAGUCAUUGGGUGUGUCUUCGUCAUUGUGUGGGUCCUCACCGCCGUCGGCUGCUUCUCCCGUAUUCAUAUUCUCGUCGAGGACCGUCAUCACCCUUUAGCUUCUCCACUUGUUGCGAUGAAAGUUACUAUUAUGGUGUUGCUUGGCCUCUGGGCCGCUGGCUGCGCCGCCCUCGGUCAGUUGGGACUCUUCGCCCCCGCAGAGGAAUGGCGAUUAGUUCCUGAGUUUGUGUUUAACGUCGUUAUUGUGCAGUUCGUGCGGCCAGCGGCGGUCGUGUUAUUUUGCGUUGUGGUGUCCACACCAGCGGCAGCACCAUCAUCGACAUCCGUUACGGUUGAACAGGCGGCACCCCGUAAUAAUAAUAGUAAUAGUCGAGUUGAGAGGCAGAUAAAGGAAUCAUCAAGAGGUAUGGGUUCUCGCAGAAGUAAGAAGAAAGAAAUGGUGGAAAUGGUUAAAAAUGUAGAAGUUACACAUAGCAAUGAUAGGUUUCACAUACCUUAUUUACAACAACGUGAAGGGAUAUCUAAUUUUGACAAUGAUUUCGUAAGAGAUGAAGAUAUGUACUCUGCUUUAGGGGAAGUAGAAGAUGUGCGUUCAAACCCCAGGCAAAAUAAUUCCAGAGAACGGGGAAAUGGUGGAAAGUUCUACAAUAAGCAAUCCCCAAAUAUGUUAAAUGUUGGAAAUGGGUAUACCGUAACUCGGAAUAAUAGUACUCCUGGUAAAGGUAUACCUCAGCCACUCUUUGGUGCUACUGUACCGGAAAGUUAUUCCGUCCUUGAUAGUGAAUGUCGUAGUAACUGUCAAGCAGCAUUAGAAUGGGAUGAAGGUCUAACCGGAAGAGAUUUUUUAGGUGGUCGAGAGAUGUAUAAUAAUAGUUAUAGCAAUGCAUAUGAUGUUGCAACUAUACCAAAGGCCAAUUGGGAGGGAGAACAUGAUGUUAGCCGCAGUUAUAGCAGUGGAAGUUGUGCUAGUAGUGGAUUUGGUGGUAGUGGUAGUGGAUAUAUGGAUGCGGAGGGUAUUGGUACUACUAUUGUUGUUGCUGCUCCUGCUGCUGCUGCUGCUACUACUACUACUCCUACUCCUUUCUUAGGUGGAAGUUCCGCCUCCAAUAGCACUAGAACCAAUAGAAGUAGCCGAGAUCGUGGAAGAUGUAUGAGCUGUGUUUCUUCAUUGAUACAUUGGAUUAUUGGACGAAUCCCAUCAGAUGAUGCUGCUUAUACAGAUUCAAAUGCUAUGACUCGUUGGUCACGUCUUUUUGGUUGGCGUGUGGCCUUGCGAUUAAGGCUAUUUAUACCAUUUGUGUUUCUUUUCGUAGUGUUAAGUAUCUAUUGUGUGAUAAGUGCUGCCCGUGGGGAUGUGGUUCACUGUAUUGAACGACUUUCAGAGAUGUCGGUAUGUAAAAUGCCUGGAAUACAAUCUAUAUCGGAUCGAUUAUAUCUCCCACGUACAUUAACCAUUCUUGCCACUGUGAGUAAUUCCCUAUUGCUUCUAGUAUGGACUGUAAGUGGGGUAGAGUGCCUUGGUCGAAUUGGAAAUGUAUUAACAAAGCAAAGUUUUCUACGAACCUUCUUUAUUGGAGCAUUGCUUUUAUCAUCCCUGACAAUGUAUGAAGUUUUACAACUCUUUGAUGAACUUCGAUACAAUGGACUGUUGACACUGGUAAUACGAAUAUUAAAGAACAUCUGUGAAAAUGUUUUGGUGAUACUUCUCAUGUUGCGUUUGGGAAGUGGUAGUGGAAAGAUGCCCCGAUGGUACUCUCUCGUUGGUUCUGUUCUCUACGCUGAUUAG